AUAUGAAUAAUAAUCCUUCCUCAUUCUCCAUCAUCUCCACUUAAUUUCUUUUCGGCCUUAUCUCUAUCUUCUGCAACUUUCUCUCUCUGUCUCUCUCUGGGAGUGUGCAGAUUGAUGACAAGUAACCCCAUUACGUGGAAGCCUAAGAGGAGGAGAAGACGAAGAGGACAAGGGUGACUGAAUCGCCGCUUCAGGGGCUUCUUGUUUCGUUUUACUUUAAGUUUUUCUCUUUACAAGAAGGUGAAUACAAAUGGAGGUUCUGGUGGGUCCCGCUUUCACCAUCGACGUUCCGGCCGACGGAAACUCCUCAGAAGAUCGGAUCUUUCUUAAUGGGUCACCAGAAAGUGACCGCUCGAACAUCCGGAUCUCGGGGCCACCCAAGUUCUUCACUGGCGAGUCGGAAACUUCGUCGUCGAUCGGAAGCCCCGACGACAGUGACAACGAGGAGGAAGAAGUGCAGAGCAAGUUGAAGAUACGAACUGGGUUGGGGUCUUUGGAUGCCAUGGAAGAUUCUCUUCCCAUCAAGAGGGGAUUGUCUAGUCACUUUGAUGGAAAAUCGAAAUCGUUCUCAGAUCUGUUGCAAGUGAGUACUUUGAAGGAGUUGCAGAAGCAGGAGAGUCCUUUCAACAAGAGAAGAAGGGUUCUGAUUGCAUCAAAGUGGUCCAGAAGAUCAUCUUUCUAUUCUUGGUCCAACCCACAGUCCAUGCCUCUUUUGCCUGUGGAUGAGGAUUGUGAUGACGAUGAUGACGACGAAGAGGAAGAAGAAAAGGCAAGGAAAGUUCCCUCUGCUUCCUCUUCUUCCUCUUCCUCCUUGGCUGAGGAAAAAAAACCAGAAGAUCAAGUUCAGCUGCGACUCAACAGAGUACCAGAAUCUUAUGCUGCUCAUAUGAGGCUCAGACUUGGAAGCUUCAAGGCAAGAAGCUUUUCUCUUGCAGAUCUGCAAGAGCACGAUGACGAGGAAGAAGACGAAGAUUAAUUGACAUUUAACAUAGGCUGUUUUUUUUUUUUUUUCCUUUUUGCUGUUUUGGUUUAUUCUUUUGUUAUUGUUGUUACUAAAUAAAAUUAAAUAGUAUGAAGUAAAAGUAACUGUGAAAAACAAAAACAAAAAAA